AUGUCGAAGCCUACUCCCUCCCAACAUACCUACCCCGGCAGCCCCGGCGCCCUCAUGGGUCUCCUAUCCACUUCAGUCGUAACCUGGCUCUUACUCGGAGCCAUGGCCUAUAGCGACGCGAUCGCGGAGGAGGCACAAUUCGUUCUCAACCUCUUCCUCUGCGUCGUCCUGGUGACCACUCUCAGCCUGGCCAGCGCGGAGCUGCCGAGCGCCGGGCAGUCACGCCGCGGCGCGUCCCGCGGCUCUGCGUACUACACCGCCUCGGUCACCGGGUUCGGCGCCAGCAUCGUCUACGCGCUCGUCUCGAGCAACUGGGAUAGCGGUCACAAGCGGCUUUUCUGGGGCCUGGGGGGAUUCUACGGAGGGAUACUCCUCGAGGCGGCGACCGGUUUCUAUGCGGCUUGCGCUCGACGGCUGCGGGAGUCCAUGUACGAGUCGGAAACGGAGACCGGGGUAUCGGAGGCUCAGGUAUCAGAGCCUCGAGUGUCAGAACCUCCCGUGCCGCAGGCUGUGAAACAGGACUAG